GAUGUUUAUCUGGCAGACAAGCUUGAUUACUUUGAAAAUUUAGCGAUAUAUAAUGCAAUCAAGCAAUUGGCUUUACAGAAAGAUUCAAGAAUAAAUAAACCAGCUGACAUAAAUGAAAAGACAUUAGAAGCGGUUGUAAACUGUUUAACUUUUGCAGAAACGAAGCAAUUAUUAAAUUUUCGGCCGAUCGAUCCAUCUAUAAACAAUAAUAAUGAUGCAUCAUUGCUUGGAUUGACUGUGGAAGAACUAAAUAAAACCGUUGAAAACGAUUCAAGAGAAUUAAAUAAACAUAAAGAAACAGUCUUGAGUUGCAUUGAAAACAGACUUACAAGACAGUGCAUAGAUGUAGCUAAAUUUUAUUACACUGAAGAAGAAUCAAAAUCCGAAACGCAAAAAAAUGCUGUAUUGAAAGAUAUUUUAUCCAUUCUUUGGAAUAUUAUCGAGGAAUUUAAGUUGCGUCAUGAAUUACAAAAAAACACUAUUUUUAACGACUAUUUUUCAAUGCUUGUUAAAAAUAUCGGUUUAAAAUUGAGAGUACUUCGAUUAAACGCCUUGAUUGUUAUUUAUGAUAAAGAAACUGUAGAAGGACUCACGGAUAAUCUUAUGCGUGAAGAAAAAGAUUAUCACCAGGAAUUAGAUGCAUUGGAAGCGCAACUUUCACGAUAUCAGGGUUUUUGCGGAGAGUUUGAGCAAAUUGUGCAAUGCUAUAAUAACUUGAAUAAAGAAAUUGAAAAAGUGAAAGAUGAUAUUCAGAGAAUGACU